CAGGACUUGCGCAAGCGCAGAGUGAAUCGUGAAGGUGAAGAUGGCGGGGAGCUUGGUGGCCGCUUUCGGCGCCCGGUGUCUGCAAAGCGUAGCUAGGCAGGCGCUGCCGUUAGGGGCACGGACAGCCUCCCACAUUACCAAGGACAUGCUGCCGGGCCCCUAUCCUAGGACUCCAGAGGAGCGGGCGGCCGCCGCCAAGAAGUAUAAUAUGCGAGUGGAAGACUACGAGCCUUACCCGGAUGAUGGCAUGGGGUAUGGCGACUACCCAAAGCUGCCUGACCGCUCACAGCAUGAAAGGGAUCCAUGGUAUGCAUGGGAUCACCCAGACCUGAGGUUGAACUGGGGUGAGCCGAUUCAUUGGCACCUAGACAUGUAUAUCAGGAACCGUGUGGACACGUCCCCCACACCUGUUUCUUGGAACAUCAUGUGUAAGCAUCUCUUCGGCUUUGUGGCCUUCAUGAUUUUCAUGUUCUGGGUAGGAGAGAUGUACCCCUGCUACCAGCCUGUGGGGCCGAAGCAGUAUCCUUAUAAUAAUCUGUACCUGGAACGAGGCGGAGAUCCCACCAAAGAACCUGAACUGGUGGUUCACUAUGAGAUCUGAAGAGGCUUUUUGAAUUCUUAUGCCCUCUAAUGAGGACUCCUCAUUCCUAGAGAUUUAACCUUAAUGAAAUCCCUAAUAAAACUUAGUGCUGUGGCA